AUGGUUAAAAGAGCUCUUGUGACGUAUGCCGUCGACGUCGACGCCUGCGCAAACUGGAUCAACACUCGAGAUGGUUCAUCAAUCGGAGCUACUGAUGUCUCUAGAGGCAUCUUCGGAGCCAAUGUUGGCACGGAUCGCAUGCUGAAGCUCUUUGCUGAUAAUGAUAUCAAGGCAUCUUGGUACAUGCCCAGCCACACGAUUCUCUCUUUUCCAGAACAAAUGGCAAAGGUCAGAGACGCGGGACAUGAGAUCGGUUUGCACGGCUACACGCACGAAUUCGUGAGGUUCUUGACUGAAGAACAGGAAAGAAAGGUCAUGGCCAAGUCGAUUGAGGUGUACCAAAAAUUCACUGGCAAAUAUCCGAAGGGUUGGGUAGCGCCCGCUUGGGAAGUAGGCUCCAAGACCAUGUCUAUCUUGGAGGAUUUCGGCAUCGAGUAUGACCAUUCCUUGCUGGCCCACGAUUGCCAGCCGUACUAUGCCUCAGAUGUCCCUGAAGAAUCAAACGUGCACACGGACUAUACGCAGGACCCCGACACCUGGAUGAAGCCCAUGAAGGAACAUAAGCCUACGAAGGUAGUUGAAAUUCCUGGGUCCUGGAACGUUGACGACUGGCCCCCAAUGAACUAUACUAGACGUCCUGGGACACAUGGGUUUGUCAAUCCGCGAGACAUAGAAGUGCAGUGGAGAGAUCAAUUCGACUUCUUCUAUCGCGAGUAUGACACUUUCGUGUUUUGCGUCAGCUGCCACCCGCAAGUCAGCGGCAAGUCAAACGUCAUGUUGAUGCACGAGCGCUUCAUUGAGUAUCUGAAGACUAAGGAGGGUGUGGAGUUUGUGACCAUGGAGCAGAUUUGCGAUGAGUUCAAGGCUGGCACACUCGCAGGUGUAACAAUCAAGGCUGGGAUUUAA